AUGUUUUCCAUCCAUGUGUGGGCUAAGUACAAGCUCUUCAAGUCCAAAGGCAACCCGCAGGUGCAGGUGCUCGCCGCCAAUCUGCUCUACUCGGUGUUCCGCGACGAGACGCACUGGAAGGAGAUCUUCGUACGGGUGAGAGUCUGCCGCGGCCGGACUGGCGAGGAGUGCCGGCCGUUCGUCGACAACGUGGUGACGGCGUUCGGCACGCGCGUCUCGCCCAAGUCGAUGCUGCAGCCGGACAUCACACUGAGCGCGCGGCCCGACUGUCCGUCGCCACCCGGCGCCUCGUCCUCCAGUUCGGCGCCGGGCAACGACGACGACGACAGCAUGGGCUUCAGUAUAGUGCUGGACGAGAAGUCGGGCCACACCGUCAUGCCUAGGUACGAGACGCAGCAGGAGCGGAUCCGAGCGCUGGUGCUCGACGCCGUGAAGGAGUACAUCGGCCCCCGGAAGCAGCCGAUCGAGACCGUCACCAGGAACAUCCUGCGUGAGCGGGGCCUCCCGCCGCACGGUCGGCGCUGGCUGGCGUCCGCCGUCUGCGGCAUACCCGAGGUGCGCCAGCGCGUGGUGUCCCGCCUGGAGGUGUGGCUGCAGAACCCCAAGUGGUCGCGGCCGGCCCAGGAGCUGCUCGUCUCGCUCUGCACCAAUCUGACAUCGCACACCCAGUUCGACACGGACGUCAUCUCGCAGCUGGUCCGCUUCAGACUCAAGGCCAAGCCCAUCAUCAACCUCUACCUCAACUGCAUGAGGGAGCUGUUGGCGGCGCACCCGGAGAACAUGGCCACCCUGCUGAAGCACACCAUCUACAAUGAGCUGUCGCAGGCGCGCAACCCGCACAACAUGGCCGUGCUGGGCACCGUGUUCCAGCACUCGACCCAGCAGGCGGCUGGCAUCCUGGCUGAGGUGUUCCUGGAGCUGCUGCUCAACAAGGACGACUACUACCUGCGUGCGCUGCGACCACUCUGGAGGGAGAUUUGCCGCUCACUACGCUACGAAGUGGACUUCUUUAAGUUCUGUUCUGGGCUCUUCCAAGAUAGAAAGGAGGCGGUGCGCGAAUUCGAGUUCCGUGAGCGGUACGUCACGUCCGUCUGCGACCUGGUGUCGCUCAGCAUCCUGCUGGCCAUUACCGCCGCCGUCAAGGAGGCCGCCUCGUCCCGGCCGGGCGAGAAGCGGGACACGGCCGCGCUCACGGCGUACCAGACGCAGGUGUCGCUGAUCCAGCAGGACGCCGUCCAGUGGCUGUACGGGGCCGUGCCGGAGAUGACGGCCAAGGGCUGGACGGACUUCACGCACUGCGUCUACAAGGUGCUGUUCAUGGAGCCGGCCGAGACGUACCACAAGCACGACAACUGGCCGCCGGAGCCGGAGCGCGCGCUCAUGAUCCGUGUGGCGUCCGAGGUGCCCGUGCUGCAGGACACCCUGCUGCGUGUGCUGCUUAUCGGCCUCUCCAAGGCGCACCCGAUGCCGGCGGCCAACGCGCUGGAGGUGGCCGAGAACCUGGUGCGCCGCUCGGCCCAGUGUCACCUGCAGUCGGAGGGCGCGGCCACCCUGCAGCUCGAUAAGCUGGAACUGGUGGACGUGCUGUUCAACCUGACGGUGUACCAGCAGCCCGAGCACAUGAGCCUGCCGGAGGGCUACGUGCCGCCGCAAUUGGCCAUCCAGGAGCGCUACUGGCGGGUCUGGGUCAUCCUGCUCAUCAUCUGCGCUCACAAUCCCACCAACUUUGGCAAGAUGGCCUGGGAGCACUAUGACACGCUUAAGAUGUUGAUGGAGAUGUGUAUAACCAACUCGUUCCGGUUUCCGCCGCCGACGAUGGCGGCCGGCGACCGGGCGGACGAGGCGCGCACCAAGGAGCUGCAGAUCGCGGCUAUCGAGGGCCGCCAGAUCCUCGAGUACGAGUCCCACCUGGCGGCAGCCUCCACCGGCCAGACCAUCACAGAGGCCAACAGUCUGCUGCUGACACAGCUGAUCUCGCUGGACCCGGGCGGGCCGUGCCGCCGGCCGCCGGCAGCCGUGCUGGAGCAGCUGACGCAGCUGAACGGCACGCUACGGCUAGGCCAGCUGCUUUGCACGUCACGCGAGCCAGACUUCCUGCUGGACAUCCUGCACCGCCAGGGGCCGAACCAGAGCAUGCCCUGGCUCUCCGACCUGGUGGAGAACAACGAGGGCGCGUUCAGUGUCCUGCCAGUGCAGUGUCUGUGCGAGUUCCUGCUGACCCAGUCAGUGGGCACGGUGGAGGAGGGCGGCGCCGCUCGGCCGCCCACGCAGGCCAAGCACCAGCAGCUGCUGUCGCACCUGCAGCGGCUGGUGCGCCACCCGGGCCACGACCAGCGCGCCUACGUCGAGCUGGUCGAGUACUUCCUGCGCAGGCUGAGCUCGCAGCAGCGCCAAGCGCGCCUGCAGGCGGCCAAGGGGUUCGAGCUGGUGCUGCUGCCGCCGGACGUGACGUCAUCAGAGGGCCAGGAGCCGUACGCCUGGCUGCUGCGCCAUCUGCCGGCGGUGCCCAACUUCUCCCAUCUGAGGCAGGGUGCCAUACAGGGGCUGAGGAUCGCCUGUCACUACGAGACGGAGCCGGGUCUUGUGGGCGCCUACAUCCAGUUCCUGGUGGCGCACGGCGCGGCCGACCCGCUGCCCGAGCUCACCGAGACGGUGGUGGACCUGGCGCAGCUGGUGGUGGAGCGCAGCAACAUCGUGAACGCGCUGCUGCCGACCGAGCCCGGCGCGCUGCCCGCCGCUUACAUCACCCUCCGCGCCCUGCUGCACAUCUUCAACACCUACAUGCAGCAGGUGGGCGAGCCGGACGGCGCCGUCGGCUGGGCCGAGUCGGCCGAAAUGGUGCUGGUGCGCUGGUCGUCGGGCCGCACGGCCGCCAUCAACACGCUGGUGGUGCAGGCCUCGGUCAUCCUACUCACCUACCACCCGGGACCAGAGCACGCCCUGUUCGACCAGCUGAUCGACCUGUGGUUCCCGGUGUCGGGGCCGCCGCCGCGCGCUCUGGACGCCACGCCGCUGUACCAGGACUGGCUGAAGCUGCGCAUGGUGCGCAGCACCACCGCCCGAUUGGUGGACGCGGCGCUGGCCGACCUCGAGCCCGCCCAGCUGGUGCUCUUCAUCCAGUCGUUCGGCGUGCCGGUGCCCAGCAUGACUAAGCUGCUGUGCGCGCUGGACGCGGCCGUGUCGACGGACCCGGUGGCCGUGGCUGCCGCCGUCAUGAACAAGGAGUACAUGGCGCAGCUGGUGGAGGUGCAGCACCAGCGCGGCGCCCAGGGCGGCCACCAGUUCGCCGCGAUACUCGACACCGACGCGGAAAAGAAGUCACCCGAGCCGGUGCUGGAGCUGCCGUCGCCGGUGCGGCCCAGUCCCGUGGCCGUGACCCGGCCGGUGACGGCUCUGGCGCCCUCUCAGGUGCUCUGGUUCGUUCGGGAGCUGUUCGACCAGUCGGAGACUACACACCAGGACCAGCUGCGCAGCCUGCAGCGGUGCAUCUCGAUGGAGGCCCGCGAGACAGGCCGUCUGGUGACCAAGGCGACGAUCGCGGCGUUGCUGCAGCUGCUGAGGGAGGACGGCGGCGCGGCGUUCCUGAGGCAGCUGCACACGCGACCCACGGCCGCCUGCUGUCUGCUGCGGCUCCUCACGGCCGUGGUGCGGCCAGAGUCGCCGCUCAGCGCCGACCUGCUGACCGUGUGCGAGAUGAUCGUGUCGCGCUCGCCGGCGCCGCCCGGCCCGCUGGUCACCAUCUGCCAGACGUACCGGCGCCAGCAGCGGCGCAUGGAGGUGGACGAGGAGGAGGAGGAGGAGGCGGCGGCCAGCCUGACGCAGGGCCAGGUGGGCCUGCUGGUGGACUGGCUGGAGCUGCUGGAACCAGAGAUCAUCUCGUCCUGUGCCGACAUCCAGCUGCAGAUGCUGUUCGCGUCUCGCGGCGGCGGCGAGCAGCGAGGCCUGCUGAGUAACCGGGCGUACCUGCUGGCGCUGCUGACGCACCAGGCCAGCUGGGCCACGCUGCACGCCACCAUCGACGUCCUGCUCGGCACCGACUGCCACAGGUGA